AUGUAUGAGAGGCAAUCGACUCAAAAUAAAGCCUCACUCAUUCGAAGAAUUGUGAACUUGAAGUACAAGGAUGGGCAUUUGUCGGAUAGUUGGGAGACUUUGGUGGUCUCACUUAGCAACUCAGCACCUAAUGGCAAGUUGACGAUGGACAUUGUCAAGGAUAGCAUGUUGAAUGAAGAGGCAAGGAGAAAAGAGUUGGGGAUUGCAUCAGAGUCACAUGCUUUGGUGGCGGAUAAUUCUGGAAGUCGUGGAAGAAACAUAAAUCGAAAUUCCAACUUCAAGAACUCUCAAAAUUUAAGUAACAGCCGAUGGAGAUCAAAAGGGAGAUCAAAAUCAGUGUCAAGACCAAGAGGAGAAAUAACAUGUUAUCAUUGCAACCAGCCCAGACACAUGACGAGAGAGUGCAGAAUCUUGAAACGAGAACAAGCUAGAGGAAGAGGUGUGGAAAACCGAGAAAAAGAUGAAACUACUGAUGCUGCCACAGAUGGUGAUGUAGUCAUUGUUUGUGAUGCUAGUUUGUUAACCUUACUUGUCAAGAGAGUACAUGGGUUGUUGACUCGGGUGCCUCAUUCCAUGUGA